CGCUGACUCCUAUUGUUUACCGUUCCGUCGGCCGAUUGCCAGGAACAUCCUCGGCUUCCCCACGGAUUAGUCGUGCCCCCGACCACCUCCACAUACAAAGACAACCCCCCUCUCCCCCAAUCCAGAACCACACAACUGACUGGACUCACCCCUGAGAUACCCCAGAAAAUGGGCAAGAAAAUCGAAUGCUACCUCGACUGCGUGUCGCCAUAUAGCUUCUAUGCUUUUUCAUACCUGCAGAAGAAUGCCGCAGUGCUGGCGGAGCUGGGCGUCGAGAUUGAAUAUAUCCCUGUCUUCUUAGGGGGGAUUAACGUGGGCAGUGGAAACAAACCCCCUUGGACCCUCCCUGCGAAGGCUGCGUACUCCAAGUUUGACGGCCAGCGAGCCCAGAAGUACUUCGGACACAACUUUGAAGUUCCGUCUUUCUUUCCGAUUCUCUCUCUCUUGCCCCAACGCGCCCUCACCCACAUCAAAAAGACCCAGCCCAAGGAGAAACUAGCAUCAGCAUUCCAAUCCUGCUUCGACACGAUGUGGAACGGCCAUCUCGACAUCUCCAAGCCGGAGAGCCUUGCCACAGCGCUGGCCAAGACAUUCUCCUCGAGCUCCGAAGUCGAGGCGAUUCUGUCCGCCGCCGCCAGUCCCCAGAUCAAGGCUGAGUUGGCGGCAACGACGGAACGAGUCGUCAAGGAGCAGGGCGCGUUCGGAUGCCCGUGGUUUUGGGUGGUGAAUGGAGAAGGCAAGGGGGAGCCGUUCUUUGGAAGUGAUCGGUUUCAUUAUAUGUGGGAUUAUUUGGACCUGCCGUUUGAGGAUUUGAGGUUGAGGGCUAAGAUUUAGGGGGGUGGAUGUUGGGCGAUUGUUGACUUGUCGCAUGUCGUAAAGUGACUGUUCAGUGUCCCCUAUUGUUGAGUUACGAAGACUUGCCUUUACAAACUGCACCUUGAUAUCUAGAUUGUAGGAUUGGG